CAGCUUUCAGAAAGGAAGGCCUCUGCGUUACGUCAUCCAUAGACAUUGUUUACACCGGAUGUGCGCCUGGCUUCAAUAACGUUGACUGGCUAACCCCUCAGAAUGAGGCAUGGAGGACGAGAGGAGAACAAGAGUGGUCCUUCUGGCAUGUGGGUCUUUUAACCCAAUCACCAACAUGCACCUGAGGAUGUUUGAACUGGCGCGGGACUAUUUGGAGGACACAGGUCGCUACAAGGUGGUGAAAGGCAUCGUGUCUGCGGUCGGGGAUGGCUACAAGAAGAAGGGACUGAUUGAGGCUUUCCAUCGUGUGAAAAUGGCCCGACUGGCAACAGAGAACUCCGAGUGGAUCACGGCGGAUGCGUGGGAGAGCUCGCAGCCUGAGUGGGUGGAGACAGCCAAAGUGAUUCGGCAUCACUACUCAGAACUAACAGCAGCCAAGCAAGAUGCUGAUGAUGUGGACACUGUCAAGUAUGCGAAAAAGAGACGCAUUGAGGAGAAUCAUGUUGAGAGUGCAUCAUAUCACAACAAAAGAGAAGCAACUCACCUGAUGCUGCUUUGCGGUGCUGAUGUCCUCGAGUCCUUCGGGGUCCCCAACUUGUGGAAGGAGGAGGACAUCGCCGAGAUCGUGGGCCGCUUCGGCCUAGUGUGCGUCACGCGUGUUGGCGCCGACCCCCAUAAGUUCAUCAACCGGUCGGACAUGCUGUGGAAGUAUCGCAAGAACAUCCACGUCGUGCCCGAGUGGGUGGCCAACGACAUUUCUGCCACGCAUGUGCGCCGGGCUCUGCGCCGCGGUCAAAGUGUUAGGUACCUGCUGCCGGACGACGUGCUUCGAUACAUACACGCCAACCAUCUCUAUAGUGCCGAGAGCGAGCAGAGCAACGCUGGUGUGCUUCUUGCACCCCUGCAAAAAUAUGCAGGUGACCCAUCUGGUUAAAAACCUUUGCAGUGAACGGACACUAUUUAUUGCAGCUUUGACGAGUGUCUAUUCCAUAACAUCUUUUGAUUUGGGCAUCUUUCAAAAUUAAAUUUCCCAUUGAGAUCAAUUUUAUUUGGGAUAUGAUUCAGACCAAAGUUCAAACUUUCAUCAUCAUUUUACCUUACAUCAUUGAACAGGCAAUCAGGAAUUGUUCAUGAACAAAAGGUAACGGAAAUGACUGGUCAUUACAUCCCUGAUGGACCUCACGCAUUAUUUUGAUGGAUUGGCCUGGCACUUAUUUUCAGUUGAAAUGGAAUAAAACAGCCACCUAUUUUUUCAA